AUGGCUUCUUCCAUUGUGCCGGCCAUGCCGCCGCCGGCGGGUCAGACAUCCAACUUCGUCGACCCGCCCUAUAUUGGCACCAGAUUUUUGGUUGUUAAUUGUGUAUUCCUGCCAUUAGCUGUUAUUGCGUUAGCUGUGAGGACAUGGACUCGGUUAUUCAUUGUCCGGAGCUUUCGUUUUGAUGAUUAUUUGAUGAUAUUUGCCCUCCUUCUAUCAUGCGUUCUCACUGCUGUUACUUUGAACAUGCUCAAUUGGGGUCUUGGGAAACACAUGUGGGAUGUUCCAGCGACAUAUCUGUCGCCAAUGUUCGCAAAGAUGAACCUCGUCUCCGCCAUAGUUUACUGCGCCGCGACGGGCUUCACCAAAUGUUCCGUCCUUGUAUUCUACCUUCGUAUUUUCCCGAGCCGGAACUUCCACAUGGCCGUCUGGGCCAUUGUGUUUAUCGCCGUGGGAUACAGCUUGGCUAGUGUCCUCGCCAAUAUUUUCAGCUGCACACCAGUUGCAAAGUCGUGGGAUGCGAACAUUACGACUGGACACUGCAUGAAUCGACCGGUGUUUUACUUUGCGAACGCUGGACUGGGAAUCUUCACCGAUUUUGCUACGGUUAUUGUUCCGAUGUAUACCAUGGCUGCGGAGAUUGCAAAUGCCCAUGCGACAGAAAAUUGCCGUGAGCGCCAUAUUAGCUAUGGGCUGCUUGUGAGUGAUACUGAUGUUUCUCAGCCAUCUGGACUCGAAGUACUGACGUCAGGACUCAGCGUUGGAGUUGUGAGCUGCAUUCGGCUCGCAUCCCUCUACACCCUUUUGACCAGCCCCGAUCUUACAUGGGCAACUACUAAUGCCCUAAUGUGGUGUGCCAUUGAGUUGAAUCUGGGCAUCUUCGGCGGCUGCGUAACUGCCAUCAGACCAUUUGUUCGACGAUACUUCCCUCGUCUACUGGGUCUUUCUUCCUCGGACAACACUUCCAAGUCUCGUAAAUAUGGUCAUCAGCUUGGGUCGUACCCUCAUAGCAGCCGACCGGAUUUCACGGGACGCAGCAAUAACCAAUACUCUGCGACGCUGACCACCCACAGUAAAGCUCCGGACAACGAAAGUGAAGAACACAUAUUGUCCACUGGACCGAGCUUAGGGAAAGAGGAUGGAAUCAUCCGGACAGUAGAGUUCGAUAUAGAAAACGUAUCGAGCAAAAAG